UAAAGGGCUGGGCCCUUGCACUCUCUCUCCUCAUUUUGCAAACAAACUGAAGUGAGCUGCUACCUUCAUUCACAUCCGCAACAAAAAUGCCUGCAGACUACAAUGGACGCUGGGAGAUGGUCAGCAAUGAGAACUUUGAGGAUGUCAUGAAGGCCCUCGACAUCGACUUUGCCACCAGAAAGAUAGCUACCCACCUGCAUCAGACCAAACAUAUCGUCCAGAACGGAGACAAGUUUGAAACCAAGACUGUGAGCACCUUCAGGAACUAUGAGGUCGACUUCACUACGGGUGUGGAGUUCGAUGAGCAGACGAAGGGCCUGGACAACAGAAAAGUCAAGACUCUGGUUAACUGGGACGGAGACAAGCUGGUGUGUGUGCAGAAGGGUGAGAAAGAAAACCGUGGCUGGAAGCACUGGAUUGAGGGAGACAUGCUGCACUUGGAAAUCACGGUUCUCGACAAAGUCUGCAAACAAGUAUUCAAGAAAGCAGAAUAAGACAAAGCAGACCAGCUGAUGUGUUGUGUUGCCUUUUUAAAUGUGGACAACUGUAAUAAAAUGAUUUAAUACAA